GGAGGAAGAAAAAGAAGAAGAAGAAGACUGUGGUAUAAUCGGUCCUCGGAGUGAGUCUGACUGAACCUCUGCUGUAACAUUUAAAGUCAGCCAAUGAAAACCGUAGCAGUUCUCGGAGGAGGUAUCGGGGGUUUGGCUGCCUCUUUCUACCUGUGCAAGAACCCCCAGGUUGCCAAGGUAAUCGUUCUGGAGUCCAGCAGUCGUUUUGGUGGUUGGCUGUGGUCACUGAGGCGGCCCGAUGGGGCCGUGUUUGAACUGGGACCGAGGGGGAUUCGACCUGCUGGGGCAGUGGGAACCAACACACUCAAUAUGGUGGACGAUCUGGGUCUGGAGGGAGAUAUUCUUCCAGUUUCCUACAAUCAUGUUGCCUCUAAGAACCGCUUUCUGUAUGUCAAUGGCCAGCUCCACAAGUUGCCUUCUGGAAUAAGUGGAAUUUUGAAAACAGUCGCUCCAUUCUCCCGGCCCCUUCUGUUCAGUCUCCUCACUGAGCUCUUGGUAAAGAAAGGAAGAGAAGAGGAUGAGUCCAUUCAUUCAUUUGUCUCCAGGAGGCUUGGAAAGGAGUUGGCAGACCUCGCUGUGGACAGUUUGUGUCGGGGUGUGUUUGCGGGGGACUGUAAGAAGCUGAGUGUGCGCUCCUGCUUCCCUUCGCUCCACAUGGCUGAGCAGCAGAGAGGUUCCCUGACUCUGGGCUUCCUGCUGGGCUCAGGUUCAGCACCUGCGAUUACUCCGGGACAUCUGGCUCAGAGAGCGAAGAGAGAGGCCUGGGCUCAGUGGUCUCUAAAGAGGGGAGUGGAAACCUUGCCAGAGUCCAUCACUGAGUUCCUCCAACAGAGCGGCAAGGUGGAGCUGCACAGGGAUGCAGCUGUAAAACAAAUAAUUCCCACAACAUCUGGAUGGAAGGUCCAUAUGGAAGAUGGUGUAAUAUCAGCUGAUCACAUCAUGUCUGCUCUACCAGCUAAAGCCCUGUCCUGCAUCCUGCCCCCCUCCUGCCAGGAUCUUGUCCAGCAGCUGCAGGACAUCUCAACAGUGACUGUGGCUGUGGCCAGUCUGGAGUAUGAGGGCUUCAUCCUCCCAGUAACGGGUUUUGGCCACCUUGUUCCUUCAUGGGAAGACCCAGGUUUACUCGGGAUAGUCUAUGAUUCUGUUCCCUUUCCUCAGCACAACAGACAGACUGGACAGACAACAAGGCUGACGGUCAUGAUGGGAGGUGCCUGGUUCCAGAAUGUGUUUGGGGCCCCCCAGGCUGUCUCAGCAGACAGCCUCUUAGCGAGGGCCACCGAGGCAGUGCGCUGCCACUUGGGACACCUUGUGGCCCCCAGCUGGAGUCAUGUGGCUCUUCACAGGGAUUGUAUACCUCAGUAUCACCUUGGACACUUUCAGAGAGUAGACACCAUGCGAACCUUCAUAAAGAACAAUAACCUACUGCUGUCUCUGAUUGGCUCAGCAUAUGAUGGUGUGUCUGUGAAUGAUGUCAUCUUCAGUGGACGAACAGCUGUAGCAGAGUUGUUGGGAGGCGGAGUUUGAUGCAACAUGAGCAACAGAUCUGAUUCUCAUCUUGAAAUGCAUUAAUGGAGUUUAUUUAAUUUUCUGAGAAACCUUCAAAUAUUUUGUCCCCAUUUUUAAGGGAACUGUAUUUCUAUGUCUUUAAAGUGUAACUGAGCCCUCUCUGAAAGCAUCAAAAUUGGACAAAUUAUGAAAAACUCAAGAAAGUGGUGAGAGCCAAAACGCACUCAGGGGUGUUGCCUAAUGUGUGGAUGAUUGGAGGGGAAAGAAUGGCUCUCUCUUCCUGUGGUGAGGAAGAGAGAAACAACAUUGUUCUAAACUGACAUUUUUCUAUUUGUAAUUAAGAAACAAACUAGCGACAGAUUGAACAACUUUUUUCUGACUGGUUGCCAGUGAAAUUCAUCAAGCUGCUUUGCUCCUCAAGCUAGCGUAGCUCGCAAGAAAUGCAACAUUUUUCUAAGAAGAAAAAGACCAAAGGAAGCGUCCAGCAGCCCUGCUGUGGACGGCUCUGCUGAAUGAAACCACAGGGCAAGAAAAUAAAUGUCAUGUGAUUGAUAUAAAAUGCUACAUAUUCUUAUCAGAAUAGGGGAUUGUGAUGAAAGUGUAUUAUUUUGUAAUAAAAUCAUAGUAUAUUUGAAAUACAAUUUUUUGCCAGAGAUUGUGGAUUUGAGAAGACACACCUGAACAAACCCUCUCUGUUCUAUGGAUUAAUUAACCAGCAGCCAGAGUUAAACUGAUCACAUUCGUUAACAGCUGCUCUUCUGACUCUUGUGACACAUUCAGGCUGUUUUAAUGACUUGGACAACAAAUCACAGAGGAAUACUUUUACUUUAUGAUUUAUUGGCUAAGGCGAUCUAUAAAAACCUUUUCUACCUUUUCCUCUUCCGAAUCAGGCACCAUUGCUACUUUACAGCCAUGAAAGAACUUUGAGGUGACGCAUUAAUUGAAUGUCCACAUCAUCUCAAUGCCUUUAUAUUCUGCUUUUAGUUCAGUGAACUCAUUGUUGGAUUCAAGAGAUCAGUCUGAGAUGAUUACUUGGAUUGGCUGUGGUGUUGACAUGAUGCUCAAUUGGUACUAAUGGACCCAAAAUGUGCCAGGAAAAUAUCCCCCACACCACUGAACCACCAGAACCCUGAACUGUUGAUACAAAGCAGGAUGGGUCCAUGCUUUCAUGUUGUUGAUGCCAAAUUCUGACCCCACCAUCUGAAGGUCACAGCAGAAAUCAAGACUCAUCAGAACAGGCAACAUUUUUCCAAUCCUCUAUCGUCCAAUUUUGGUGAGCCUGUGUCAAUUGUAGCCUCAGUUUUCUGUGUUCAGCUGACAGUAGUGACACCUGGUGUGGUCUUCUGCUGCUGUAGCCCAUCCGCCUCAAGGGUCAAUGUGCUGACUUCUGGCAUCAACAAGGCAUUUGCGCCCACAGAAUUGCUACUCACUGGAUAUUUUCUCUUUUUCUAACCAUUCUCUGUAAACACUAGAGAUGGUUUUGUGUGAAAAUCCCACUAGAUCAGUAGUUUCUGAAAUACUCAGAUCAGCCCAUCUGGCACCAACAACCACGCCACGUUCAAAGUCACUGAAGUCACCUUUCUUCCUCGUUCUGAUGCUCAGUUUGAACUGCAGCAGAUCAUUUUGUCUACAUGCCUAAAUAUAUGGAGCUGCUGAUUGGUUGAUUCAACAUUUGCAUUAAUGAGCCGUUGGGCACGUGUACUUAAUAAAAUGGCCAGUGAAUGUACUUGAUAACCAGCGAGCUUCUCUCCUCUGGUCUGUUUAAAAACUCCAGUCUCAGAUCAACUCAGCCUUCCAGCACAGACAGCAGCAGAAACAGCAAUAUUGUACCUGUUGGGGAAAAACUAGAUUAAUUUGCUUUGCAUUGUCCCCACAUGAUGACAAUAAUGCAUCAUGUGGGGUCUGUUGCGCCUCUUGAACCUUGAUGGGACAUUGCAGUAGACGCAGACUGGCACUCCAAAAUGUUUAUCAAAAUUGAAUCAGCAUAGCUGCAUUAUUCCAAUCAAUGCUUACCAAGCGUUCUAGUGCUGCAAACUGCAGAACUGUUCUGUAAACUGGAUGGAUUGAAGAACUAUUUGGACUAAAAGACUUAAAGUUCAACAGUUUGUCCCUAAGCAAGCAGAGUUCUUUUGAAUGGAUACAUUUACAAAUAAACUGUUUUAAAGCCAGACUGCUGCUAUUGAAGUAAUGCAGAUAGUGUGUGUUUGCAUACGAGUUUUCAUAUGCAUUUUUUUUAACCAGGCAAAAAAAAAAAAAAACUCCUAAUGAGAUUUGAUUGAUCACACUCGAAGUUUUCCGUUUUUAAAAAAUAAAUAAAUACAGUACACUCUUA